GCCACGCCCCCCGCCGGAAGGGGAAGGCGGCGGCAGAGCUGGGCCCGGCGGCUGCUGCGGCCUCUGUCCCGGGCACCGCACCGGGCCCCGCACCCCUCGGGCGGGCGGGAUGGAGCUGGACGGGCUUCUGCUGGACGAGGAGGGCGCUUUCUCCCUCAGCGGCUUCCAGGAGUUCACGUUCCUGCCCAGGCACCAGCAGCUGAGCGACAGGGUGCGGAAGAGGCUCUAUUAUGGUUGGGACAAAGACUGCAGCCUGGAUAAUCUCUCCAGCCCCGUGGCAGAUAUUGCUGUGGAGUUGCUGCAGAAAGUGGCUCCCAGCCCCAUCCGCAGACUCCAGAAAAAAUACGUGUCUCAUGUGUCUCGGGAAGCUUGCAUCUCGCCCUGCUCCAUGAUGCUGGCACUGGUUUACAUUGAGAGACUCCGGCACCGGAACCCUGAAUACCUUCAGCAAAUCUCAUCUUCAGACCUCUUCCUGAUCUCCAUGAUGGUUGCUAGUAAGUACCUGUAUGAUGAGGGUGAGGAGGAAGAAGUGUUCAAUGAUGAGUGGGGAGCAGCAGGAAAGGUGGACGUCCAGACAAUGAACACACUGGAGAUGAACUUUCUGAGCGCCAUUGACUGGAGUCUCUACACAGACCCCCGGGAGCUGUUUGAAGUGCUGAGCUGGCUGGAAGGACGUGUGGCAGAAAAGCAGGGUAUGUGGCGUGGCUGGUUCACCUACACAGAUCUGUGUGUCCUCAUGGAGCAGUCGAUGUGGCAGCAUGUUCUGGGUCAAUUCUACCAGCAAGUGGUGAAGCUGGCCUGUCUCCUGGGCGUGGUGUACUUGACUGGCUUCGCCGCCGUCUUCACCUCUGUCACCAUGGUGCACCGCUCUGUGUGCCUGAGGAGCGUCAGUCCUGCAGCCCCCCAGCCUGCACUGUUCCCCGAGGAGGGCAGCUGCCAGCUGGAUGCUCAGCCAGCCCCUGACCAGCUCCAGCCUGGGCUCCCUGACAUCUCUCCAGCCAGCAACACCCGUUGCCUGGGGGAGAACAAGACAACUGAGGAGCCACGUCGUGGGGGUGUCACGGCGACUGCGCUCUACCUGUGGGGCAGCGUGAUAUCGGCUCUGUCUUACCCAAAGGCACCUGAUCUAGCCCAACACAGGAGCACCCCGCAAGGCCCCUGCCGGAGAGUACCCACAUCCUGCGAGAGAUCUAACCGUACUGCCCCCAUCACAGCCCCCAGCAAGCCUGGCCCCUUCGGACUCGCCAUGCUCCCAGUUCCUCCAGUGCUCCACUGCCAUGCCUGCUCAGCUGGCGCAGGCCCCACAUGGGAUGCAGGCCCCAACCGCAAGGACUGGCUGGACCCCCUGGGGCUGAGGCAGUGCUCCUUGCACACUGCCAUGGAUCUCAGCAGAAUCAAGAGCUUCAUCUUUCCCAGCUAGGACCAUGGGGCAGCAGCCCCUUUCCCCUUCUUUCCUAAUGUUGCACAACUCGCUUCCUUGCACUCUGGAACCCCUGAUCCCUGGGGUUGUGUGGGGAUGGAGGCACUUGCACCAUUCCCAAACCAGCAUUUGUGUUCCCCCACCUGGGGCAGGGUUGUCUUUCACUUUGGGGGCUGCUGGGACAAGUUGGAACAGAGUUGGGCUUGCUAUUGGGGUGCUGGGGUGGGAAUUACUAGCUGGAGAAUAGAAAGGGGUGCUAGGGCAAGGGGUGUGUUUUACCUCUUCCUACAGUGAGUGGGUAGCCCUUGGUGGUGCUGGGCAGAGGUGGUGUGUGGAUGUAGGAUGCUGGGGCUGUGCGUGCAGGGUGGAGGGGCUGGGUUAGGGACCCCAGUGGGGCAGCAGGGUCCACUGAGAGGAGGUGGGGUGCUUGGGUGAGGGGAGAGGUGGUAGAAAGAGCAGGGGGUGAGCAGCCUGAGCUCAUUGGCUGGAGCAGCAAUCCCCCAUGGGGGCUGCCAGGCCACUUCUCUGGAGGCACAAGGGUCACACCAAGAGGGGACCCCAAUACAGAUGUGCCCCAGGGAAAAGUUGUGCCCCCCUGGGCUUGGAGGUAGUGAGGUGUGUUUAAGGCUGAGCUUCCUUAUCCUGCUUGUGUUGGGUGCUUUGAAACUGGGGUGCUCUGUGACCCCAUCCCAAACCCCAGCUGUCUGUGGCUGUGACUGUGGGGAAACGGUGCCUGACUGCUCCUUGGAGCAGAGAGAAGGCACCUUCUCUUGCUAACCAGCCCAGCUCAUCAUCCCCCUUCUUUUUACUGUGGAUUUUACACCUGUUUUUCACUCUUUUGUAGAUGCAAAUCUCUUCCAAUAAAAGUAGUUCUUGCUGUGCA